AUGAAGCCUGGAGCAUUUGCAUUGAAUCCGCAUGCAGCAUCAUAUGUACCACUAUCCAAAAGAGUGGAUUGUGGUGGUGACGAUGGUCUGGUGUUUGCCAUGGCCCCUGCGAGUUUCUCAGGGGUUGAAGUGUCAAUGCCGAAGAAAUCCUCUGAAAUGGCAUACAAGCAGAUCAGGGAUGAUGAUUUGGACAUGGAGAUGGAUAUAGACAUGGAUAUUGAGUACCUCCUAGUGACAUUCUCUGGUCUCUCACAAGAGUCUAUCACUGAUGUCUACCUCGCCAAUAGCGGUGAUCUAGAAGCAACCAUUGAGAUGCUGAAUCAGCUUGAGAUAUACAGCACUGAGUCUCAAGAAACCCUCCCAGAGACCCUUGAUAUUGCCAUUGGGGAUAUCUCUGAAUCAGGGCCUUCAACCUCAAAAGCUUCUGAAGUAGCUGCAUCGUCAUCAUCGGUUAUCCCCAAUGCACCUGUAUCGGCCUGA